AUGGGUACCGCCAAGAAGGAAAAACAAAGAAGAAUAAGAGAAGGUAAUACCAAAGAUGGUAACCUUAGGGUUAAAGGUGAAAACUUUUACAGAGAUGGUAAAAGAGUGAAGUUUUUGAAUAUGUAUAAAGGUGGUAAAUCCAUCAGAAAUGCAAAAGGUGAUUUAAUUAGAGCAGCUCCUUUACAAGGUACUGAUGUACCGACUGCUAGGGUUCAACCAGAUCGUCGUUGGUUUGGUAAUACAAGAGUUAUAUCUCAAGAUGCUAUACAGCAUUUUAGAGAUGCUCUUGGAGAGACUAAAAAUGAUACAUACAAGGUUUUGUUGAGGAGGAAUAAGCUGCCUAUGUCGUUUUUGGAAGAGAAAGAUACCCCGGAGUCUCCUAAGGCUAGGAUUUUAGAAACUGAGUCUUACCAGCAGGCUUUCGGUCCUAAGGCGCAAAGGAAGAGACCCAAGGUUGCAGCCUCUUCUUUGGAGGAGUUAGCCGAGGCUUCUUCAAAGGACAACAAGGUUUUUGAAGAGAAGCAGGAGUUGAAUGCUACUUUGGGCUUAAUUUCCAACGAAAAUAGUGAGAAUGGGUGGUCUCAGAUUGCAAAGGAAGCUAUUUUUCACAAAGGUCAGUCGAAGCGUAUCUGGAACGAACUUUAUAAAGUCAUUGACUCUUCUGAUGUCGUUAUUCAUGUUCUAGAUGCUAGAGAUCCACUAGGAACUCGUUGUAACUCUGUUGAGGAAUAUAUGAGGAAAGAAACUCCACACAAGCACUUAAUCUAUGUUCUAAACAAAUGUGAUUUGGUGCCUACUUGGGUUGCAGCUGCAUGGGUUAAGCAUUUAUCCAAGGUACGUCCUACACUGGCGUUCCAUGCUUCUAUUACAAAUUCAUUUGGUAAAGGUUCCUUGAUCCAGCUACUUCGUCAGUUCUCUCAGCUACAUAAGGAUAGGCAGCAGAUUUCUGUUGGCUUUAUUGGUUAUCCUAAUACUGGUAAGUCGUCGAUUAUAAACACCUUGCGUAAGAAAAAGGUCUGCCAGGUCGCUCCUAUACCUGGCGAAACCAAAGUUUGGCAGUAUAUUACUUUAAUGAAGAGAAUCUUCCUUAUUGACUGUCCUGGAAUUGUGCCACCUUCUGCCAAAGAUACUGAAGAGGACAUUUUGUUUAGAAGUGUCGUUAGAGUUGAAAACGUUUCCAAUCCAGAACAGUACAUACCGGGUGUUCUAAGGCGGUGCAAGAAACACCAUUUGGAAAGAACCUAUGAAAUAUCCGGCUGGAACGAUGCUACCGAAUUUAUUGAAAUACUGGCAAGGAAACAGGGUAGGCUACUGAAAGGUGGUGAACCUGACGAAAGUGGUAUAGCAAAGCAAGUUUUGAAUGACUUUAACAGAGGUAAAAUCCCAUGGUUUGUACCACCUCCUGAGAGUGAGACAAAAAAGGAUGAAGACUCAAAAGCUAAGGAUUCAGACAGUGGAAAGCGCUCCGCAGCUGAAGUGGACGGAGAGAGUGAGGAAACCCAGCAAGAUCACGAGCCUCCUAAAAAAAAGAAGGCUCAGAAGGCUCAUUAG